GGACCCGCGUUUCAGCUUGAAGUUUUUGAGAGAAGUGUUUGCUGAACACCCAACAAUGGCGGAUGUUUCUAUCGACAGUUUAAUCCUGAAGCUGCACGACGUGAACGCAGUAAAGUUCGGAGAGUACAAGCUAAAGAGCGGCCUGCUGACACCGAUCUAUAUCGACCUGAGGGUUCUGGUUUCCCACCCGGCUCUCAUGAACCAGGUUUCGAGCGUCAUCUACCAACGAGCGAAGGAAGAGAACCUUCAGUUUCACUCGGUGUGUGGGGUUCCGUACACGGCCCUGCCUCUGGCCACAAUUAUCUGCUCAAGAAACGAACUGCCCAUGCUCAUCAGGCGGAAAGAGGCCAAGGACUACGGAACUAAAAAGAUGGUGGAGGGGUCAUUUUGUGAGGGGGAUACGUGUUUAAUCAUCGAGGACACAGUGACCAGCGGCAGCAGCAUCCUGGAAACGGCAGAAGUUCUCCAUAAAGAGGGGCUGAAGGUGACAGAUGCCAUUGUGUUGAUGGACAGAGAGCAAGGUGGGGUGGAGAUGUUAGCAUCUCGGGGAAUUCGGCUCCUGCCCAUCAUUUCCAUGUUCAAGCUGCUUGAUGUACUGCUUACAGCUGAACGCAUCAACGCCACGACAGCCCAGAGUGUCCGUAAGUUCAUCCUGGACAACAACACUUUCAGGCCUAAGAAGACAAAUGGCAGUGAUGCUCCAGUUCCCAAGAAGCCAUGUGUGGAACCAAAGCGAAUUUUAAGUUAUGCAGACAGAGCAGAGCUGCCAAAAAUUCACCCCCUGGCAUCUAAACUGCUCAAGAUCAUGGAGGAGAAGCAGUCCAACCUUUGUGUCUCUGCUGACGUGACGAGCAACAAGGAGCUGCUCCAGCUGGUCGAGUCUGUCGGUCCAAAGAUCUGCAUGUUGAAGACUCACUGUGACAUCCUGAAGGAUUUCACAGAAGAGUUCAGCCAGAAACUCCAAGCUGAGGCUGAAGAACACAACUUUCUCAUCUUUGAAGACCGCAAGUUUGCUGACAUUGGAAAUACAGUCAAGCAUCAGUAUGAGGGCGGUGUGUUCCGGAUCUCGUCUUGGUCCCACAUCGUUAACGCCCACGCUGUGCCGGGGCCCGGGGUCGUGAAGGGCUUGAGCGCUGUGGGGAAGCCUCUGGGCCGAGGCUGUUUACUCAUUGCCCAGAUGAGCUCCCAAGGCUCUCUGGCUUCUGGUGAAUACACACAAGCUGUGGUGAAGAUGGCAGAGGAAAACUCAGACUUUGUAAUUGGGUUCAUUUGUGGCUCUAAGGUGACCGGAAAACCAGAAUUUCUCCACAUGACUCCUGGUGUGCAGAUAAAGGCUGGAGGGGAUUUGAUGGGCCAACAGUACACAACCCCAGAGGACGUGAUCCACAACAAAGGCUCAGACAUCAUCAUUGUGGGACGAGGCAUUUUGGAGGCACCUGAUAGGCUCGAGGCUGCCGAGUUCUAUAGAAAGGCGGGCUGGGAUGCCUACAAGAGGAGAUUGGGUCAAAGUGACCAGUAAGAUCUCAGGAGUUUCAUCAUUGUGUUGAACUACAACUGUCUGUAAAAGUGGGCAGCAAAUAUUCAGGGGACAUUUCAACCAACACGUAUUGUUAACACAUGGUCAUCUCUAAUUUGUUGUAUGAAACAUGCCUAUCUAAAGAAAAUGUUUUUGUUGUUUUUUUUUUUUAAAUCAAAGUGAUUUAAUAUAAGUGUGAAAUAUGCAUCACCCUUCAAUUUUCAGUUUUGUGAAAGACCCUUAAAGCUUUGCUGCAAAAGUGUAGAAAUCACAGAUCAGGCUUUUCCUGGCCAAUAUUGAUUUUCAGUUUUAAUGUGCUGUAACCUCUACAGCACAUUGCUUGAUAGAGGUAGUCAUUUUGAAUGCAUCUAAAUUGAAAAAAAUAAACAGUUUAUUAUAUGCAUCAAACUAAACUAUAAUUAGGCAGCCCGGAGUUGCGAUCUGAUUUUAUAUGUGUCUGAACUAUGACACAUUAAAUUACUGAAACUGCUUUUAAAAUGAAACAGAAAUUGAGUUUGUAUUGUUGCUCCUUCUGUACAGGGCCACUGUUGUCCUACGGGCUUUACUUGAUAAAAUGUAAUUUUUACAGUACUGGUGUUACGUCUUUGUAUUUCAUGGAAACAAGAUUUUGUUACAUACAGAAAAUGUCUGCAAUUUGCUUUAAGUGCUUUCCAAAGCUAGGAAACUAUUAAAAACAAACUGUAGUACAAAAUAAAUAAAUGUUGAUUUUCACAAAUAACCAGAGUGGCUUUUGACAUUCUGUUCUUAUUUUUUUUAUCUCAUAACCUAGAGAGACAAAUUUCUGUCUUGCCAGUACUGCAAACUACAUUUUUUAAGGCCAUGAUUACAAGAAUAUGUAGCCACAAUUGGUAUGUAUAAUCUGUAGUUUGUUGUUGUCCUAUUUGAAAAUUUUAAGCUUUAGUAGUCAUUUAAUUGUAUUUGAUUUUAAUCAGUACAAUUUCUGAUUUUAGGUCAUGUAUAUUGAUUAUUUAGGUUAGAACAUUUAAACCCUGUGAAACCCUGUCAAAAUAUUGUGAUUUCUUUGGUUUAGCAAAAUCUAGAGGAAAUUGAGUUGGAAGACCAAUAUGAUUUGAAAAGUUUAAAAGAACUUUCUAAACUAGGUUUUAUUUCUACAUACUUUUUUAAAUGAGUGAUUUGCUGCAGAUUACAAGUAAAUUCAGUUUUUCAUAGCAUCUUAACAAUUUUAGGAUUUCACAUUUGUAUACAAUCAGCCGUGUGGAAACAUUUAUGCAUUUUAGUCAUGUUCAGAUAUACAUGUUUAGUCUACUUUUUUACUUCUGCAAUCAAAAAUGGAUUAAUUGCAAUUAACUACUAACUUUUUUUUACUCUUUAGCUAAUUUAAAGAGAUUUUUCAAAUGCAACUUGUUACAAGUCACCAUCCAGCAUCUCUAAAAGAGAUGCUGCUAUAAAGGGUUGAGGAAAUCUAUAUUUUUUCCAUCUCCCUUUUAAAAGGGAGAUGGAAAAUUGGAAGAUUAUUUAUGUUAGGAAUUACUGAACGGAAAAGGGAUAUGAUUAUGUAAGUUAAAAUUCAUCAUACUCCUUUUCAGACUCAGGUGUUUUUACAUGUAUAUUUGGUAGCAAGAUAUUAUAUUUACAAGUCUUUGUUAGUUUGUGUUGUUAGUGAAAUGCCUGUGAAAUAAAAAAAAUAUAAGUAUAU